AUGGCUAGCUUAUCGUCACAGAACCCUUCAGUGAUAUUACAAAGAAUCCUCUCUUUGAAGGAAAGUACCCCUUUUAUUCUAGUGCUGGAUUCUAUCGGCCGCUCAGGACACUGCAUUUUAGAUGAAGUUGCCAGGGAAGCAGAAAGUUCUACGACUGUCAUAUACGUUUCCUUUGAAUCUACAAGAAAGCCAGAUUAUGCGACAUAUUUUAUAGAAGGCUGUUCGACGGUAUCCAGACUGCUGGAUUCGAUUCAGCCGUUUCUUCCCUCGCCAGAGCAAUCGAAACUGUCCAAGGGAAAAUAUUUGAUCAUGAUUGACUGCAUUAACUUCGUCACGGCACCCAACACAGUACAGUUGAUUACGCAAUUGGUAUCUCCCUCAGUUGCCCUAGUAGCUGUUGCCCACAAAAAUCACCCCGAAUAUAGACCUGCUGAACUAGAAAAUUAUCCCUCGUCUCUUCAACUUUUGCAGUUCAUGGCGUCCUCGAUUUUGGAAUUAUUUCCCGCAACAGUAGAUGAUACCGCUGAACAAGAGCUCGAAUCCCAAUUGCAGAGAUUGGAAAUUCCCAGGGGCCUCAAUUCUCCCACUUACAAGUUAACCUUAACGAAUCGCAGAAAAUCGGGUAGGGCCUUGAGAUACACUUUCAAAUGCGACUCUACAGCUCAUACAUUCACGCCAAUUCAAGAAGAUAUUUCACAAGCGGAAGCUCAGGAAGGGACUGAAGCGCUCGAAGGUUUGACCACUUUCAAUUUGAACACGUCUAACAAGCAGAGAGUGGCGAAAGAGCAGGUUGCUUUACCUUUUCUGGAAGCCCAAAGCUUCAACACAGGAGGUGCAAUCGUUUACGAAUUCGAGAAGGAUGAUGAUUAUGAUGAGGAGGAUCCAUAUGAAGAUCCAUUUUAG